AUGGACAGCGUGCUCAAUUGGGAUGAGGCCAGGGUUUGCAAAUGGCUCUCUUCUGUCGGGUACACCGGUUAUGAGAAGAAAUUUCAAGAAAAUGGCAUAACAGGCGACGUGCUCGUGAAUUUGGAUAGCGAGGCCCUGAGAGAUCUUUCAAUACAAUCUGCAGGCACCAGAACUGCCCUCCUCAAGAAUAUUUAUCAUCUUAAAGUACAGCACCGAGUGCCAAUCAAUGAUUGGGACUACAUCCCGCCAACCAUUACUUAUGAUAAUGAAUGGCUAGGUCAUAACGGUAUGUUGGAUUAUCGAAAGAUAGAGGCUGCAUUUCAGGAAAGAGAUGCAACAGUGAAACAUCUGUCGGACGAAUUAUCCAAAAUGAACAAUGAUAUGGCUCGGUUAAGAGAUGAGAUGAUGAGUAUGUGGAAGGUUAUUAAAGAUAAGAAGCCUUUGCCUGUGCCAGAAUUUGAAAAGGCAAGGUCACCACAGUCAAAAUACCCAAAUCAGUGGUCACCGCAUAAUACGCGAGGAGGCCAAUAUGAAUUGAGCCAAGAGCAAGUGAAUUCACCGAAUUCUCCUUUGGAGGCAUCAAACUCGGCCAGAAAGAUGUAUCAACACGAUGGGUAUAAUCUAGACGAUUUCAAUAGAGGUCAACAACCAGUAACAGUCAACGAUGGUGGGGCUAUCAAGGUCUACGGUGGCCGAAUUGCUAACAACUCCAAAAUAGAACUGGAAGCAUCUAAAAAUGUUCGAUUGCUGCUAGACGACCCAUGCUCGAAAGUAAUUCCGGUGGCGCUACGAAAGUACAACGUAACAGAUGAUUGGUACAAUUAUGCGUUGUGUAUACAAUGGGGAACAGAAGAUAAUCUCCAAGAGCGUGUACUUAGUUACGACGAGAAACCGCUUAGAGUUCUUCAAAAAUUGAAGGAUCAAAAGCAGAAUCCAAUGUUUACACUGAAGCACAUCAAAGAUUCCAAGCCAUUGACGCCUCCUGGUGAUAGUAAUUCGUCUUUGCUUACCAGCCCCAAUUUAUCACCACCACCGGGGGUUUUGGGAAGGUCGCAAUCAUACAAGGCAGCAACAAGCAUGUCUAAUCCCAACUCGUUCUCUCCUUCUCGAGCAGUACCAAAGCCCACUACAUCUCUGUCAUCUAGUCUACAUCAACACAAAGAUCUUCCAACUUCACCGCAAGAAUCCUCUAUGAAUACUGCAGCUGGCUCUGCAAUGAGCCAGUCGUCUUCAGCGGCAUCAACUUUACGUUCUCUGAUGAAUCCAUUGGCUAAAUCCAACAAUAAGAUGGCACCGCAGAUACAUACGACUAAUGCCGAUAAUAACUCGCGAUCAGGAGGAUCUGGAACCCUUCUUGCAGGCAAAGCGGGUUUUGAUACGCCGGUGUUGGCACCAUCCAUUUCUGCACCUACUGCUUCUUCAUCCACCAAUAGUAAAACUCAAUCUCCAAGCAAACCAGAACAUUUUCUAGGUGACCUCGGGCUAGAAUCUGGCAUGGCAGAUGUUAUAUAUUCCUAUAUGAUGAACCGUUCGGAUAGUAGCAGCAAGGACAGCAGCAAAGGAAAUGAAGAUGACAUGUAA